AUGUGCAAAAUGCCCUGUCAAAGGGUGCCACUUUACAUGGACGCUAAUCUUCUUGGGCGACAAUUUGGCAUCUUCCUGAAAAACUACGACGGUUCAAAACUCAUCGACAUCGGCAGCUGCCGAGGACACUGUAUGGCCUUUCAGAAUCCAUUAGGAUCGGACAUCAACCAAGGCUGCUUUCCGUCAAAAAUGGAGACGUUGGAUUUUGAAUCAAAUGGCUUCGUUUUUCAAAAUGAGAUGAUCGUCAAAACCUGCCGCUGUGCUAGCUUUGUUAGCUGCCAUUCAUGA